AUGAAGCAGCUUCGCAACUGUCCCAUCCUUCGCGGUGUUAGGUCAUAUUCCUCCUCACAGGUCACCAAACCGGAACUCUUUCUCAACCCACAUGCUUGGCAAGGGUUACCAGCAGAUCAAAUUUUUCAAUUACAUCAAAUUAGAAAAAAGUAUCUUGGUGAUGCAUACAACCCAACCAAUGAAGAAAGAACCGCCAUUUUAUCGACAAUCACAUCACUAACAGCUAACAAACCUGCAUUGGACUAUGCUUUUGAAAUUGAAAAUUUCAAGGAAAGGGUCAUGAACAAUACCCCAAUGAAGGAUCGAGGUAAACCACAAAAAUUGAGUAACAUGUUUGUAAUAAACACAGGAGCUGAACCACAUCAUGCUAGACGUAUAGAGAAUUUGCACAGAGUUUCAGCUUUUGAAAUGCCGUUGUUGUCCAAGUAUCGCCAACCAUACACACCAAAACCAAAAACACAAGCUCCCAUAAAAUUGACUUACAAUUCCGAUUUUAGUGAUGAAGUUUCCAAUAAACACAAUAGAAACGUUAUUUUAUACGUUGAGCUCAAAGACUUACAACUUAACAAGGAGCAAGAACAUAAAUUCAAGAUACUUGCCGGUAGAAGGUUUCACCAUGGGUCUGACUCAUUCCAAUUGAAAUGUGAGAGAUACCCACAAGCAGCUCAAAAUGUUCGUUGGUUAGUUGACACUUUUAAUAAGCUAUUGAAAGAAUCAAAGGAUCUUAGUAAAGAAACUUUUGCUGAUAUACCAUUGGACAAGCGUCAUAUGAAAACAUGGACCACGAAACCAAAACCAAUGUUUCCUGAAGAAUGGAAGAGACCAAAUGAUGCUCCUACAAAGAGACACGAAAUCAUCAACGAACUUGUAGAGUUGAGUAAAGAGAAGUUGGAUGCCGACCACCUUGCUAAGAUUUCACCCUAA